CUGUUUCACUUCCUGUUAGGAUUCACAACAGAGCCGAACCGCAGAAGCUAAUUCACUGUAGCAGCAUUUGGUCAACAAACGUGAAUGUAGCAUAAAUACUGGCCAACAAUAAUGAUUCCUUACACUGUCAACAUCAAACUCGCGGCUCGGACGUUGACUGGCACUCUCAAUUUGCAGAAUAAAACCGCAGUAGAUUGGGGCUGGCAGGGGCUGAUAGCUCAGGGAUGUCACUCCAGCAUUCUUAUCAUCGAUCCAAAGACGUCCCAGACCAUCCAGGUGUUGGAGAGGCACAAAGCCAAUGUGGUUAAGGUGAAAUGGUCCAGAGAAAACUACUACCAUAACUUGAGCUCGCCCUAUUCUCUCCGGCUGGCUUCAGGAGAUGCCGCGGGGAAGAUCAUAGUGUGGGAUGUAGUCAGCGGCACUGCCCACUGUGAGAUCCAGGAGCACUCCAAACCUAUCCAGGACUUGGAGUGGUUAUGGAACCAGGAUGCGUCUCGUGAUCUGCUGUUGGCCGUCCACCCUCCCAACUACAUUGUUCUAUGGAAUGGAGACACAGGCACCAAGCUGUGGAAGAAGAGCUACGCUGAGAACAUCCUCUCCUUUUCGUUUGACCCCUUUGACCCCUCCAACAUGGCAUUGCUGACAAGCGAAGGAAUAGUCUUCAUCACAGACUUUUCACACUCCAAACCACCAGGCAGUGCUGGCAAAAAGGUCUACAUCGCCAGCCCCCAUGCAAGCCCCGCUCACACCAAGCCUGCUCCUGCUGCUACCCCGGCCCCUACUGGAGCCAAGAAGGCCCUCAAUAAGGUCAAAGUGCUCAUCACCAAUGAAAAACCCACUGCAGAGGCGGUGACGUUGAACGACUGUCUGCAGCUGUCCUACCUCCCUUCCAAGAGGAACCACAUGCUGCUGCUUUAUCCCAGAGAGAUCCUCAUCCUGGACCUGGAGCUCAGCCAGACGGUGGGUGUGGUGGCCAUCGAGCGCUCCGGGGUGCCUUUCAUCCAGGUGAUCCCCUGUGCUCAGAGGGAUGCCCUGUACUGUCUCCAUGAGAACGGGUGUAUCACCCUUCGAGUGUGUCGCUCCACUACCGCUCCUGAAGAGGUAGCAGAUCCCGAACAGAGUAGCCAGGAGCUUGUGUAUGACCUUCGCUCUCAGUGCGAUGCUAUCCGAGUCACUAAGACAGUCCGGCCAUAUCGCAUGGUUAUCUGCCCUGUCAACGAGAACAAUGCUGCGCUCACAGUCAGCGACGGCAGAGUCAUGUUGUGGGAGCUCAAAGCCCACACCGGCAGGGCUCCUGCCAAUCCUAGUUCGGGGCUGUCGCCACUCUACUCCCCUGUGUCAUUUUGUGGAGCUCUGCUGGGUCCAAACCAGAAAAGGAUUCAGGAUCUCUCUCUCAACAGCAUGAUCGGUCAGACCUUGAUAGCUGGUGAGGUUCCUCCUCCAUCGUCCAACCAGCAAGAAGUCCAGUUGAAGUUCUUGCUCACUGGCCUACUGUCUGGUCUGCCGCUGCCACCAUUUGCCAUCCGCAUGUGUCCACCUCUUACCACCAAAAACAUCAACCAUUACCAACCCCUGCUGGCUGUUGGAACCAGUAAUGGGUCUGUGCUGGUCUAUAAUCUCACUAGUGGUCUUCUCCACAAAGAACUCAGUGUCCAUUCUUGUGAAGUCAGGGGUAUUGAAUGGGUGAGUCUUACCAGUUUCCUGUCUUUUGCCACUUCUGCUCCCAACAACAUGGGCCUAGUGCGAAACGAGCUGCAGCAUGUCGACCUGCCAACUGGCAGAUGCUUUGCAUUCAGAGGCGAACGAGGAAACGAUGAGCCACCCAUAGAGAUGAUUAAAGUGUCUCAUCUCAAACAGUACCUGGUGGUGGUGUUCAGAGACAAACCCCUGGAGCUGUGGGACAUCAGGACGGGGACACUUCUCCGAGAGAUGGCUAAGAACUUCCCCACCGUUACCGCUCUGGAGUGGUCCCCGUCACACAACCUGAAGAGUCUGAAGAAGAAGCAGAUGGCGGCGAGGGAGGCCAUCGCGCGGCAGACGGUGUCAGACGCCGAGCAAAGUAGCGUUGAAUCCUCAGUCAUCAGUCUCCUGCAGGACGCAGAGAGCAAGUCAGAGACGAGUCAGGCUAUCUCAGCCAGGGAGCAUUUUGUAUUCACUGACACAGACGGGCAGGUCUACCACAUCACUGUGGAAGGCAACACAGUCAAAGACGGAGCACGAAUCCCUCCUGAUGGUAGUAUGGGUAGUAUCGCCUGCAUCGCCUGGAAAGGUGACACCCUGGUGCUUGGAGACGUGGAUGGCAAUCUCAACUUCUGGGACCUCAAAGCUCGUUUGUCCAGGGGAAUACCAACACACCGUGGCUGGGUGAAGAAAAUUCGCUUUGCACCAGGGAAGGGCAACCAGAAGCUUCUGGUCAUGUACACAGAUGGAGCAGAAGUCUGGGACACCAAAGAAGUCCAAAUGGUCAGCAGCAUGCGGAUUGGUCGCAACGUGAACUACCGCAUCCUAGACAUCGACUGGUGCACAUCAGACAAAGUCGUGCUAGCCUCAGAUGACGGCUGUAUCCGCGUGCUGGAGAUGGCCAUGAAGUCUGCAAGCUACCGUAUGGAUGAACAAGAUCUGACCGAUUCAGUGUGGUGUCCUUACCUGCUGAUGCCCCGAGCUUCCCUCACCCUCAAAGCUUUCCUCUUGCUGCAGCCCUGGUCAGGAACCUUCACCAUGGACAUCACUCAAGUAGACUACAAUGAGAAAGUUGAGAUAAAAGGCCUGAUCCAGGAGCAGCUCAACUCCUUGUCUAAUGAUAUGAAGAGUGUGCUACAGGACCCAGAGCUCAGCCUGCUGCAGCGCUGCCUCCUGGUGUCACGGCUGUUUGGGGACGAGUCGGACCUUCACUUCUGGACAGUAGCGUCCCACUACCUCCAGUCCUUCGCCCAGGCUCGCCAACUCAGCGUGUCCACAGCAGAAGGUCAGGCUCAAAAUGAAGGAACCCAGCAGUCACUUCACAACCAUCUGGACAUCUGCCAUGACGUCCUGUGUGAGAGCUCUUACUUCCAGAAGUUCCAGUUGGAUCGAGUUCACCUGCAGGAGGUGAAGCGCUCCAGUUAUGAACACACUAAGAAAUGUGCUGACCAGCUCCUCCUGCUGGGUCAGACGGACCGGGCAGUGCAGUUACUAUUGGAGACUAGUGCAGACAAUUCCAGCUACUACUGUGAUUCACUCAAGGCCUGCUUAGUGACCACCAUCACCUCCUCGGGCCCGUCCCAGUCUACCAUCAAGCUAGUGGCCACCAAUAUGAUCGCCAACGGCAAGCUAGCGGAGGGAGUACAGCUGUUGUGUUUGAUUGACAAGGCGGCGGAUGCCUGCCGCUACUUGCAGACCUACGGGGAGUGGAACCGUGCCGCCUGGCUGGCUAAGGUGCGUCUGAACCCAGCAGAGAGCUCAGACGUGCUGAAGCGAUGGGCAGAACAUCUGUGCUCCCCACAGGUCAACCAGAAGUCCAAAGCCAUCCUGGUGCUGCUUUCUCUGGGCUGCUUUUACAAAGUAGGAGAGAUGCUCCACAGUAUGAGGCACUUUGAUCGCGCCGCCCUCUUCAUUGAAGCCUGUCUGAAGUAUGGGUUGAUGGAGGCCAAUGACUCUUCCAAUAAGCUUAUUGAAGCUGCAUUUUUGGACUAUGCACGGCUGCUCCGCACGCUGGGACUGCGGGAGGGAGCUGCUCUGUGGGCAUCGCGUGCUGGCAGCGCUGGGGAGCAGCUGAUGGAGGAGCUGUUCCAGGGAGAGGGAGGUGUGGCAGAAGCCAUUCUUGGCGAAGAGGAAGUUGAGCUGGGCCAAGAGAGCACGGAGUGACCCUCGAGGUUGGGAGGUUCGGGGGAGAACGGAUGACAUGCUCUUCGUUCAAAUCAAGAGUUGGGCAUUCAAUUUAACUUCAGUAACUUUACUAUAGUGUAGGGAAUCCAGGAGGAAUCAUGAUCAUCAAGACAUGAGAGAUGAGGAGCAUCCUCCAUGUGAAGUUGUCAGUCUGUCACUGGAGUAUGCCCGUGUCUGUGGCUGUAAUGAGUUUGACAUUUCCUAAUGUUUGGUAUGACCAGUAUGUGUUUGUGUGCAUUUAUGUAUGCAUGUAACAGCCCCAAAAGAAACACAUGUUUAUCCUCAUUCCCCCAACAAGGGAAGUAAUAUACAUCGUCAUCCACCUUGAUAUAAAUCUGUGUUUUUUCGUUAGUUAAUGAAUUUAACUCAUUUGAUUUUUUUUAAUGGUUGCUUGUUAAGCUUUAUUUCACGUGCCUGUAUUAACUUCAAAGUACUGUUGUAGCUUUACAGGUUUAGAUUUAAUUUGCCUUUUUUGCGGAAUGUGGCACAUUGAAAAUAUCCCCAAAUAUCCCUACUUCAUUUUGAGAAUGCACUGGCAUCGUAGAAGGCUUCACUUACCAGCAGCCUACUCCAUGACUGAAUUCCAAAAUUUUGCACUUUUGAUUUAACCAAAAACACCACUUUAUUUGAAUGAUAAUUUAUGUGACCUUCCAUGUUACUGAGACACAAUAUUUCUCUAGACAGACUCAUAACAGACCGGAUGUUUUUGUCCUCAGCAGGUGGUGCUGUAUAAGUGAGUGACCAAAGCCUGCUUCAGCACAAGCCUCUGCAGCUGCAACUGUGGGAUGGCAGUAAGAUUUGUUAGCUAGGCCACCAUGCACUUAUUAGUUACUUAUUGGUAUACUGCCUCCCUGAACACAGAGGGGGGAGGCUGACCGCUGCCAUCUUAGUGAUCCCAUUUAAUUAGCUUGUGUAGAGUUUGGUGCAGUUAAAUAGAUGUGUUUUUCAUUGAUUCAUUCCACUCAUCCAAAUGGAAUUUUUAAUUUUCUACUUUUAUGAAGACUUGACAGGAUAUUUGCUCCGUGUAUUUCCUUGAUGUUUGUAUAAUGAGGCUGUUCUCUGGCGUGUGUAUUAACAAGAAGAGCUGUCAAAAUGUGUUGUAACUCAUUUUAAUCAGACCUCUGAUGGAUCAUUUACGCACAAAUAAUAAUCCCUGCUGCUCCCGCUGUUGCUCGUCAAAAUUGCAAACCUGACACGCAGUUUGGGAAAUGGUUUGUACUCGGCGCCAUGGCUCCUCCGCCUUGCUGUUGCCUCAUUUUCACUUAUUAAAUGUCUACUGAUCAUCAAAAUCAUCUGUAUGACAAUGCAAAGACUUUGUAUGCGCGGUGGUUGUUUGUUUAAUUGCCUUGUAAUGUGUUUUAGUUGUCCUGAAACGAGACAGUAACUCCAUCCGCGGGACCUUUAGUGUGUUAUUGUGUUUCAUAAACACGUCAGUGCUGUUUCUCUUCUGUGUAACAGUGAACCCCAGGCAGUGUCACUAUGGCAACCCAGGCCUAUUUUAGGGGACAACAUAUUGUUCCUUUAUAUCCAUUUCACAUAGUCCCACUAACAUACUGUAUCUCAUCCAGAGCUAGCAUAGAUUCACACAACUCAACGGAUAAUCAGCUGUAGUUUCCCUGAUGCUGUGUGUCCUCCUCCAAUCACAUCAUGCAGUAUUGUGAAGCAACAUGUAUUGUACUGCCUCCUUAUGAUUAGGCAUUAGUUUGAUUAACACUCGCUGCUUUCUUUAUACUUAGAUGAACUUUACAAAUAACGCUCUGUUCAAAAUUCAGGCAUGUAGCCAAGAGAGAAGACAUGCCUUAAACGGUGUAUUUUCAUUGUAAUCAAUCAUUGUAAUGGUGUCAAAGUUCAGCCUUUUUUUCCAUUGUUCUCUGUUCAUGGUUUACACAGUGAUCCUAAUGCUUUAAGCUAUAUAUAUAUUACAAGAGAAAAAAAAAAAGAUUUAUGUACAUAUAGAUGGCAAUAAAAAAUCAAUAUUA